CAUAUAAAUGGCAGAAGGAAACAGAGAUGAAAAAUAAGGGAAGAAAACCUCUAGAUUGAAGAGAAAAAGAUAAAAAAAAUAGACCAGUUAAGUGAAAUGGGCAUCCUUCAGCUCACGAGGCUCACAUUCGCAUUCCCUCUUCCUCACAGAACCCUAAUAAUUCCGUUCCGCACCAGCUCGAAAGCUGUUUCGCGCCAUUUUAACUUAAUCCACAACCGAGCACACUUAAAGGCCACUGCUUUCCCAUUGAUUUCUUCUGCAGAGGCUGGAAUCGGUCAAGGGUUCUACUGCCUCCCUUGCAGGAACAGGCGGAUUGGUUUAGCCAUGGCGUCGACGGAUUCAGUUCAUAAAUCUGACGACGAGUGGAGGGCGGUCCUCUCGCCGGAGCAGUUCCGGAUCCUUCGCCUCAAGGGGACCGAGUAUCCAGGUACUGGUAAAUAUGAUAAAUUCUUCAAGGAAGGCAUCUAUGAAUGUUCUGGCUGUGGGACUCCUCUUUAUAAAUCCACUACAAAGUUCAAUUCUGGUUGUGGCUGGCCUGCUUUCUACGAGGGUUUACCUGGAGCCAUUAACCGAACGGUGGAUGCUGAUGGAGUUAGAGUAGAGAUUACAUGUGCUGCUUGUGGUGGCCAUCUUGGUCAUGUUUUCAAAGAUGAAUCGUAGCAUUGUGCUACAGGUCAUUUGUUGCUUCUUACAGGCAGGCUGUGGUGUUGUACAAACUUUGUUAAGCUUGAUUGUGGGCCAACAAUAGACAUGCAGAAGUCAUCAACUGUUGUAUGUAGGCAAACUGCAUUCAAUGUAAAUCUUCCAACAUUGCCUAUAGAUGGGAAUGUUGUGUGCAUUUCAAGUUUACGCUCUCUACUUGUGUGCAAGCUAUAUUAAUAAUAAGUCUACUACUUUGAUCCACAGGAAAACUGUCGUAUGUAUAACAAGUCUUCUAGUUUUUCCAAUAGACAAGUUGUACCAUCUGUAAGUUUCUUGUUAUUGCCUUGUAGGUGAGUUGUCAUAUACAUUGGAAGUCCUUGUUUUUUGCCUUUGGGCAAA